CAAAUGUGUUUAGUCCAGUCAAGUUUAUUUGUCAUAUGCAUAGUACAAUGAAAUGCUUACGUGCAGGUUCACCUUCGACAAUGUGACAUAAUAAGAAUAGUAAAUAUAAACUUAAUGGAAUAAUUGCUAUGGCUGUUAGGGAUUUACUCUGUUAGGAUUUACAAUUUUUUUCUGAAGUCUCGAUAGGUUGUUUUCCAAUGCUUAUGGGGAAGACUUAAAGCUGAAGGUCUUGUAUGGGUGUUUCCCUGUGGCUGCUGACCUAGGAGCAGUGUUCUGGAGGUGUGUGUGUUCUAGGCAUGCAAAGUGUGUCCCUCUCCCAGCAAGCCCAACUAAGGCAAGCUAAAACACCAAGUUAAGGUAAUGGAUAAAAAAGAUCACAAGUCACAACAAAGAAUAAAAGAUACUUGCCACUGAAGAUAGCAAGACUAUCUCACCCUCAUGGUCACCCUUUUCAGUCUCCUCUUUCCUUCUUCCCAGCCUCCUCUUCUUAAUGACCCUUAUUAUUACCAUCGUACAACAAUAUACACUGCCUCCACUCCAUCUUGUUGCUGGAAACCAUUGUCUACACAUCAUUAUCCUGCUGGUAAUCGUUUAUGGUGCUCUAACACUUGGCAUGUUUUUCCUUAAUCAACUCUAAAGUAAUAGCAGAGUGAUGUGCAUUGUGGCUCACAAUGAGGUGCCAAAUCCCUUUAUGUCUGGGAAGCUUUACACAAACACAGGAAGUCCAGUGUUUCAAGGCAACGGCGAGGGGAGUCGGAGUCAGAGCCAUGGCCUGCGUCUCUCUCUUUCUCCUCUGAUGGGAAGUUCAGAUUAACGGUGGGUGGUAAACCUGCAGCUCAUACACCUCAUUGUUGCAGUCCAGAAACAACCUAACCGGAGUCCAAGGUCUGCAGUGCACACUGGUUUCAUUGUAAUGCAUGGCACUGCACAGUAGUGAUCUGCUACUGGGGUGAAAUGAAGGUAAACUUUUUUUAAUAGGAAGUAAUAAAAACAAAUGGGCAUGGCGCUGGAUCUGUGUCAAGAGUUACUCAAAACCAACACAACUGAGAAGUUACUAUAGCUAAGGCCAGAGUUAUACAUUAGCAUAUGACCUGACCAGGAUUGCAAAAACUCCUGGCUCCAAUUAUAGGGAUUAAUCGAAAGCAGUGGUAUUCAACUCUGACCCUACGAGGUCCGGCGCCUGCUGGUUUUCUGUUCUACCUGAUAAUACAUUUCACCCACCUGAUGUCGCAGGUCUAAAUUAGUCCCUGAAUAGAGGGGAACAAUGAAAAAAUGCAGUGGAACUGGCUUCGAGGUCCAGAGUUGAGUUGGAGGGAUCUAAAGCAUACCCUAAUUUCCCUAUGAAUCUAUUAUUCAAUAGUCUGUCUAAAACUCCAUUGGAAUAUGUAUUUGUAGGACAGUGUGGUUGAUUCGCCAGAGAUCUGAGUAGUCAUUCACCCCAUUGCUUUUUGCAGCUUGUCUUCUCUAAAGAAUAUUCAACUUGACCUAAAGAACAACCCUCCUCACUUACUCCUAAACGGUAGGCGUUGUAGGAUGCUUUCUGAUAGAAUCCACCAUGGAAGAAUGGAAGGAUUUUGAAGAAACACAGGGACAUCCAGUGGUGAGCAGAUGUCUUGUUGCCGUCCUAAACGGUAUGAUUAACAUAGCUUCCUCGAUGUCCUCUUUUUUCUUAGAAGUGGACUAUAUAAAUUAAAGCGAAAACUAGUGAAAAAGUAUUCACAUAAACAGCUAAUGCCACCCAGGUGGAUUACUACAGGCGCUCACCACCACAUAGUACUAUUUUGCAUUGGUGUAUAUCUGCAGUGUUGUGAUAUUUAUCUAACACCACUAGAUGGCAUAUUUAGUCAAAACAUGUCCAAACCUGACAACUAAACCAGACUAAACCAUGUAAAACAGACAGAUGGCGCAAAUGUUGCAGAACUGCAGAAUUACAUAUUUUGGAAAUACAGCAUGUUCCAUUCCUCAAAAGCUACACAGCCCACUUUUGUUUUCAAUAUCAUGGGAUGUCCUGCUAAAGAUUCCCUAAUUAUUUUAGAGACAUACAGUGAAGAUGAAAGAGUUUAUGCUUUGAGUCCUUGGUAAAUAGCCUAGGGCUAUUAGGGUUACCCAUUAUUUCCGUAAUAUGAACCCCAAAGCACAAUUUCCAAAAAUGCAUAUUUCCAAUCAAUUGAACUGCCUUGACAUGCAAAUAUAACACAUGGUAAUUCAUUAGUUAUUUCUGAAUGUGGCCAAAAUCUGCUAUACCUGAUGACAUUUUAAUGUAAUUUUGGAUAAUCAAUCCAGAAGUCUGAAGAGGGAGGGCACCGGAGGAAAAUGAAAAAAAUAACCCUUUCGUGUGUCCCUGAAAGCCUAUUGGUCCAAUUUUUUCCCUGCUGCCACAAUACUGCAGACACGUAACCAUCCUGUUUUAGUCAGUUUAAGCUUGCACUUACAAUACAAGGCUUUAACAUUUGCUAUCUACAUAAGCACACUUUUAAUGUCAUAUUGACAAAACCUUUGCUCGCCGAUUCGAAUCGCUGGAAGUGGACCAUGGCGGCUGCCACGAGCAGCAAUACAUCCACAACCACGCUUCAGAUAAAGCAUUCCAGUAUCGAGCAUACGCGGAAACGCAUAGACCCUCGGAGGAGACAAGCCGCACUCUCUUUUCUCAGUAACAUUUCUUUGGAUGGUCGACCGGUGCAAGAUGAUGCCGACAAUCAGAUCGAAGAGGAUAAUUCAAUUGAGUCGAGGACUAGACAGAGCCUGGUUUCUGCAGCAGAGCGUCCGCUGUACGCGGCUGGCAGUGGCACCGGGGUAGCGACCCCCACGGCCACCCAGGCGCUCGCUAUUGCAAACCAGGCUCUGAUUGCUAACGCACGAGAUAGUUUUGGGAUUGGUCCCGUUGCUGCAGCUCGAGCGUGUACAGAUCCGGAAGGGGAUGCUUUCGGCCCUUCGAUUUUCAGUUCGCCUUUCUCUGCAGUACCAGCCGCGAUUAGAGGCAGGCUUCAGACCUACACUCAGGGAGUUGUGCCUUCUGCCUACUCCAGGCAGGCUUCCCAAGGCUUCUGUUUGGAGGGAGGACAGAUAGCCAACUCUGUCCUGGAGCUGCAGAGAUCAAGACGGAGGCUCAUCUCUCAGCGAUCCUCCUUGGAGACACUGGAAGACAUUGAGGAGAACGCCCCUCUACGCAGAUGCAGAACCCUCUCAGGUUCACCCCGACCAAAGAGCUUCAAAAAGGUCCACUUCAUCAAGAACAUGAGGCAACAUGAUAUGCGCAAUGGAAGGAUAGUCCUAAUCAGUGGCAGAAGAUCCUUGUAUAGUGUAUUUUCUGUCCUGCCCUAUCGAGAUUGUAGCCAAGCAGGGGAUGUGAAACUGGAAAGCGGGCGGCAGCGUCACCCCUCGGGCGGGGUCAGUGCCAAGGAGAUGGUGAUCGGGCUGGAGGGAGUGGAGCUGGGGGCCUAUGGAAAGACUGUAUCAUACACUCAGUUCCUGUACCCCACCAACGCCCUGGGCAGCGGACGCAGGAACACCAUCGACUCCACUUCAUCCAUCGCUCAGUCUCGUAACGCCAGCCACCGCAGCCUCAGCUUGGGCCGGGCCAACAGCAAUCAGAGCAGCAUCGACACAGGGAAUGAUCUGGGGGACUUGAUCCGGGAGUAUGACCCCAAUCUGUUGGACGAUCCCCAGUGGCCGUGUGGGAAGCACAAGAGAGUCCUCAUCUUCCCCUCCUACAUGACUACAGUCAUAGAGUACGUCAAGCCUUCUGACCUCAAGAAGGACAUGAAUGAGACGUUCAAGGAGAAGUUCCCCCACAUACGGCUGACCCUCAGCAAAAUCAGGAGCCUGAAGAGAGAGAUCCGUAAAUUGGCCCAGGAAGAGUGUGGCUAUGAGGAACCCACCGUAGCCAUGGCCUUCGUCUACUUCGAGAAGCUGGUCCUCCAGGGGAAACUCAACAAGCAGAACCGCAAACUCUGCGCCGGUGCUUGCGUCCUGCUCGCUGCCAAGAUUGGCGGAGACCUCAAGAAGCACGAGGUCAAGCAGCUCAUAGACAAACUGGAGGAGAGGUUUCGUGUGAACAGGAGAGAGCUGAUAGCCUUUGAGUUCCCUGUGCUUGUAGCCCUGGAGUUCAACCUGUACCUGCCUGAGCACGAGGUCAUGCCCCACUACAGACGCCUCGUCCAGACCUCCUAGCAUUAGUGACCCGUCAGGAGGAGCACCUAGACCAUGCCCUUCUGAUCCAGGACCAGAAUCUACACCACACCCUCCUCCCCACCCCACCACUGGGUGCCAUGACCAUGUCUCCUCUCUGCAGCCUAGGGAUCCAUUAUGGACCAUGAUGUGGGAGCUCCACUACACUCUACUGCAGGCCACAUUCAUAUGUUCAUUUUCAGAUCAAGACUUGAAAGCAGCCAAAGUGACACGUAUUUCCAUACACAUAUUCUUACUUCAACUUCGACUUUUACUCCUACAUUCGAGACUAGUUACAUAUUCAAAAUACUUACACUAUCAUUCAAAAGUUUGGGGUCACUUAGAAAUGUCCCUGUUUCUGAAAGAAAAGCACAUUUUUUGGUCCAUUUAAAAUAACAUCAAAUUGAUUAGAAAUCCA